AUGAGUGGUUAUGGGCAUGUCAACAGUGUUGGGCCAAAAGCCCAAGACCACUUCGCCACGACACAGGCGCGUCUCAAACAGAUACAGUCCCAACUUAAUACAGCCGUUCGUUCCGGCAAGCUGAAGAACAAAGUGUGCAUUAUCACAGGUGUUGGUUCGUUGAAGGGGAUUGGACGGGCCUCUGCGAUACGUUUCGCACAUGAAGGCGCGAAGCACCUCUACCUCUUGGAUUAUGACCCUACGAAUUUGGAGAACCUCAAGUCAACAAUCGAGUCUAAAUACCCCGAUGUUAAGGUUACAGUCCAACAAGCAGAUGCUGCUGAUGAAGUAGCAAUUAAAGGCAUCUGCGAGCAAGCUCUUCGAGAAGAGGGCAGACUGGACGUCUUCUUUGCCAAUGCUGGGGUUGCUUCACGCGACACCCUCCAAAAUACCACCGCGGAGACCUUCAUGAAUUCUAUGCGCGUCAACGCCCUUUCCUGUUUCCUUGCGGUGAAGCAUGCUUCUGCAGCUAUGCUUAAAGUCAAUCCAUCCCGAGGCAAGGAUACCAGUAGGGGAAGUAUCAUCUUGACUGCUUCCGUGGCAGGGCUGAGGUCGGGGGCAGGUACCGUUGAUUAUAGUGCAAGCAAGGCUGCCGUCAACUCCAUCGCUCAGACCUCGACCUAUCAACUGCAGAAGACCGACAUCCGCGUCAAUUCCAUCUGUCCCGGCUUGAUUGAGACCGGGAUGACCGGUCCCACAUUUGAAUACGCUCGCGAACGUGGGACAGAGAGUCGUAUAGGACAGUUGAACCCCAUGGGAAGAUAUGCCGUUCCAGAAGAAAUUGCCAACGCUGCCCUCUUCCUCGCUUCAGAUGACUCCAGCUAUGUCAAUGGACAGAACUUCGCCGUUGAUGGUGGUAUUUCUUCAUCUCACCCGGUUGUUCCCGGAAGAUGGGCUUAA